AUGGGAGGAAUCAAAAAGUCGGCCACCUUGUACUUAGACUAUCCAAUUUAUGGCGCCAAAUUCAUCAACAAUAAGACUGUUUUGGUGGCGGGUGGAGGCGGUGAAGGAAACAACGGUAUACCAAACAAGAUAACUGCCGUUAAGUGUUUCUUUAAAGCUACUGACAAGUCCAAAAUUCUUCAAAAAUUUCGGGAAAUUACCUUACCUAAGAAUGAAGACUCCCCAAUGUGUUUGGACGUUGCCAAAAAUGGGACCAGGGACGAUGGAUCGUACUCCAUUUUCGUUGGGUGCAACCAGUCGAUUCAAUUGAUUCAAUCAAUGAACAUAAACAAUAGUUUGAGAAAGUACACCUAUAGCAAAGAUGAGCACUUGAGGUUUCUUGAUGCUGCUCAAUUAGAGCCUGUUGAAAACCCUGAUGACGAUACUGGCGGUGCUAAGACUGUUGAAGGCCACUACCCCAAGAUUGUUUACUUAUCCAGUAACAACUCCAUUGGUGCGUUUAUGACUUCGAAGGGGAAUUCGAUUUAUAUUUUUGAGCCAGAGGCAUUGGACACCAAGUUCGUGUUCACGCCGCAAGAUGAGAGUGAAAUCAAGGACUUCCACAUUAGUCCUGAAGAUGAUGGCAAAACCCUUUGCUAUGUAACAUCCAAGUCCAUUGAAACGAUAUCGACUAUCACGUCCAAUCCAAUAUCUUCUUCCUUGGCAAACCCGAAGUCCAACGCCAUUUUUUCCAAGUACAUCUUGUCUAAAGUGAAAUAUACUGAUAACUCGCAUGUUUUGGUCACAGCAACUGCAAGAGGAAGACCUGGUGCUAAGCCAGGUGUCACUUUGUUCCUUUAUAGACUUUCGGAUCAGACCAUUGUUAGACAGAAGUUGAUUUCUACAAAGAUAAAGGGAAUUACUAGUAUUGAUUACAGUCCAGCCCAAGAACUUAUUGCCCUUGCAGGCAAUGACUAUUCCGUGAACAUAUUAAGAUUAUCUGACUUCAAAACCUUGCAAGUUUUCAAAAAAUUACAUGAGUUUCCUGUCACUAGAGUAGCAUUUUCACCUAAUGGACAAACAUUGGCAUCUGUAAGCGCUGGGAGGGUACUCAACGUUAUGAAGAUACCACCAAAUUUUGCCAAGCAGAAAUCGACGAUAGGCACUUUGUUCAACUAUUUAAUACUCUCUCUUAUAGUUGCCCUACUUGGAAUUGGAUUUAAGAAGGGGCUUGAAAAUGGUCAAUUGGUAAAGGGUCUCGAAAUUCUGAAAGAAUACGGGAUCAAGGGGAUCAAGUUGGCCAAUGAAUACACUCAUGUCGGAAUCUCGUUUAUCAAAGAGAAAUUGAAAGAUGAAGAUCAAACUAAUAGUGAAGAUAGUAGCACAUACUUCAAAAUCGAACCUGAAGAAUUGAAGAAGCUCACAGUCUCGAGUGAUGAAGUUUAUAUAAGUACUACUAGCAUAGAUCCAGAAUUGUACAGUUUGACGCUGGCUAUCUGGGCUACUUCGGUGGUGGAUGACUUCUCAGCAUCUGAAGAAACAUAUUCUAGUCCUACUCUAGAAGCAGAGACCUCUUCUAUCCCAUUAAAAGAUGAGGCAAGAGCAUAUUCUGAGAUUAAUUCUGCGUCUGAAGAGACCUCAUCUAUCUCAGUUUCUUCAUCUUCUGAAAGCGUCACACUCAGUUCUUCCAGUAUUACUCUGGUUUCUGAUGUUUCUGUUGAAGAUUUCUCGCUAACUUCACAGGAAACUACAACCGUCGAAACUGCUAUCGAGACUGAAGUCCCAGAAUAUGAAGAAGUGGAAGAAAUAGAAUACGUCGAGGAAGUUGCGGAAGAAGAUCACGAAUACGUCGAUGAAAUAGUUGAAGAGGAAGUUGAAGAAGGAGAAGGAGAAGGAGACGGCAACGAUGAAAUCGUUAUUAUUGAAAUUGAAGAAAUUGAAGAAGAAGAGCAGGAUGAAGCACCUGUUACUGAUCUGCCUUCUACAGUGGAGGAAGUUCAAGUUGAAGAAGCAAUUGAAUUGGAUACACCAGUUGUUGAAACAGAACUAACUGAGGAAACCAAAGUCGCCGAUGCCGAACCAAUUAUUGCUGUGGAUGAUUUCAUUGACGAGGAAACAAUUGUAAAAGUCAUUACGCACACUGUAACUCUAGAUGAUAAUGUGGCAAGCUCUUUAACUGAGACUACAGCCGCCCCUAUUGCAGAUGAAGAGCCUACUGUAGAAUCCAUCCUUGAGCAAGUAUCAUCAGCUGCUGAAACUGUUGUAGAGCAUGCUGAACCAGUAGUUGACUACAUUAGAGACGAAGUACCACCUAUUGUUGAGUCGCUCGUUGAAGAAGCAUCCGUUGUAGUAGACAAGGUAUCAGAGCAAUCUACGUAUGUGGAAGAGGCUGUAUCUAAAAAUGCACCUGCUGCAAAUGAAGAAAUAGAGCUGGCUGCACCAAUUGUGGAAGAUAUUGUGAAGGACGGAGCACAAGUAGUGGAAGAAAUAAUUGAACAGGCCGCCCCAAUUGUUGAAUCGAUUACCGAACAGGCUGCCCCAAUUGUUGAAUCGAUUACCGAGCAAGCUGCCCCAAUUAUUGAAUCAGUUACCGAAGUAGUAGAGCAAAUUAUCGAAUCAGCGGAACCAUCUGUUGUAGGAAUUGUGAACGAAGCAAAUCCUGAUGCUGUUGUCGAAGAAGAAAAAAUUCCUGAAGCUCAUGAUGUCUCAGAAAAUGUACCAUUAGAAAUUCAAUAUGAUGCUGAACCAGUUGUGCAAGAAAUUGUUGAACAAGUCGUACCGGUGAGUGAAACCUUACAACUGACGGUUCCCGAACCAACCCCUGUUGCUGUUCCAGAACCUGAAGUUUUACAGGAACCUCCUGUUGAAGAAGUAAACUCUGAGGUAUCCCCAGAGCCAUCUUCAGAAAGCUCUUCGGAAGAACCAAGCAAGUCCAAAAUUAUCAGAACCAAAACAAAAAGAAUUGUGAAAAAAGUUAAGAAGACAAAAGCUCCUGAUAACGAAGCACACGAUGAGCUUUAA